AUGCUGGAAUGGAGUGUCCCUCCUAUCCCUCCCGUUAGAGCAUCCGCCUUGUGCGGGGCCAUAGAGCAGCAGCCAUGGAGGGGGGGAUUGGAGCCAUGUGGGGAGCACGACUACACGCUCUCCCCCUCCAACCCCGCACACGUCAUCGGGACGAUACCAGAGGCGCUGCAGGGCACGCUGUACCGCUGUGGGCCGGGGCGGAUUCGCGUGUGCCGGGGGAAGGGACUGGAGCCGUGUGGGGAGCACGACUACACCCUCUUGAGUCACCGCAAAUGUCACAUCUCCCUCCCCUCCCUGACUCUUCUCUCUCCCACGUCUCAGGCCAUCGAGCAGCAGCCAUGGAGGGGGGGGUUGGAGCCGUGUGGGGAGCACGACUACACGCUCUCCCCCUCCAACCCCGCGCACAUCACCGGGAGGAUACCAGAGGCGCUGCAGGGCACGCUGUACCGCUGUGGACCGGGGCGGAUUCGUGUGGGCGGGACCAAGUUCGGUCACUGGUUCGAUGGCGAUGGCAUGGUCUACGCCUUGCAUCUGGACGGCCCAAACGGUACAGCAAGGUUUGUCUGCAAGUGGGUGCGCACAUCAGCCCUGGAGCAGCGGGGAGGACCAGAGUUGGAAGCAGGGGAGGGGAAGGGGGAGGACACGGGGAUACGCGUGAAGGGUGCGUGGACACAGGCCACUGCUGGAGGACUGCUCAAGAACGUUGGGCUGCCUGCUAACCCCGUCAACACCAGCAUCAUCCACUUUGCAGGAAAGCUGCUGGCGCUGUGUGAGGGCGGCCCACCAUUCCUCCUGGACGCACAGUCACUGAGCACAGUCGGCCCCUACUCCUUCCCCAACCUCGCUCUGCCCUUCUUCUCCGCCCACCCCAAGCUCGACCCCGCCACUGGAGAGCUGUACAACUUCGGCAGUGUGCUGUUCGGCAUGCAGCCUUUCGCCAUCGCAGCAGACGGGCAGCACACGCGCAUGGGCGCGCUGCAGGGCUCGCCAGAGGUUGCUCUCGUGCACGACUGCGCCAUGUCGUCCCGCUUCCUCGUCUUCACCAUCCCUCCUUACGCCGCCUCUGCUGGAGACGUUGCUCAGAUGCUAGCAGGGAAGCAGUCAUUGGGCAACAGGUUCACAUACGACGAGUCAAAGCCCACUCGAGUGGUGGUGGUGGGAAAGGAGAGUCUGUCCGUGGAGGUGCAGAUGGACGUGUGGCCGCCCUUCUCCAACUACCACUUCUGCAACGCUUAUGAGGAUGGGGACAAGUUGCAUGUGCUCUUGACUGUCCUUGACGGCCCACGGGAUGGGUUGGAGGGAGUUUUCAAGGACAUGUAUGGAGAAUCAUGGCAGCGCAACAACCAAUGCUCUGUCUGGGAGCUUGUCAUUGACACCAACACCUGGGACCUUCUCUCCCGCCGCCGAGCCAUGCACUCCGAACCUGGCACGCGAGGUCCAGUGCUAGGCAUGGAGUUUGCCGUGGUUAACCCUGCUUUUACCAGCAGGAAGAGCAGGUAUUUGUAUGUGCUGGGGUCCAUGCCUGAGAGGGAUAGGGAGGAGCUGUGGAGCAACGGCGGCUUGGGAGAUGGCGUGUGGUAUGGAGGAGCAGGAGUGAAGGGCGAGGAGGAUGGGGAGGGGGAGGAGGAAGCGGAGGGAGAGGAAGGGGAGGAGGGGAGGGAGGAAGAGGGUGGGGAGGAGGAAGGGAAGAAGAUGGCUGAGUAUGGGUACUUGAACUGUAUUCAGAAGUACGAUCUGAAGACGAAGCAAGUAACCACUCACGUCACACCACCUGGCUGCUACGUCAACGAGUGCAGCUUCAUUCCGAACAGUGGCACUGAUAACGAGGACGCCAGUAAGGAGGACGAGGGGUAUCUGGCUGCAUUUGUGUAUGAUGCAGCGCGGCACAGGUCGCAUGUGGUGGUGCUGGACGCGAGAGAUGUGGCAGCAGCCCCAGUGGCAGUGGUGCAUUUACAGUCACAUGUGCCAUUCCAUUUCCAUGGCACCUGGGCUGGCAAGGCUACCAUGCUGUGA